AAAUUUUUGUCUGGCAGAAGAUUGUCCCCAUUCCACUCAUUCUUUCACGGCCCUGCCCCGGUUUUCCUUGGGAGCCAGACAAUCCCGUUUUCCCUCGUUUCUUCGAGAUGGGCAACUCGUCGUCCCAACCUGCUGACCAAGAGCAAAAUGGAACGCCCGAGAAUUUCGAUACUAGUCGAAUGGCUAUAGACGUUCCUUCGAGCUCCCCGAAGAGCAUAAAACGAUCCAAUCGGGAAUCACAGCCCGACGGUUCAACGACGUCCAAACGGAAAAGAAAGGCUCUGUCCAAUGCUACCAACGACCAGAACAGGGCAGCUGCCGCACCGAACUCGCCCCAAUCGCCUCCUCACAAUUCAUCCACUGCUCGCCCAGCGAAGCGCAAGAAGGUCACCGAGCCAAAACAGAAACAGACUCAAAGUCGCAAAGCGGAGACGGCAAAGCAAAAGCCGAAUGAUGCACCCCUGCGAGAUGCGGCCCCGGCUCCACAGACAUUAGAAAUUGAGGGCUCGAACGGUGUCUCACAUAAUACCUUAAAGGAAUCGAGUACGCCAGAAGCGGGAACCGACGAAGGGAAGGCGGCUUCCUCAGAACCGGCCCAAGACGACUCGGAAGCGAAGUUGGCAAAAGCAUCCGACGAAGCCAGUGAGAACCCUACGGCUCAAGGAGAGUUCAAAAAAGGAAAGCGCGGCGUGGAUGCCAGUAAAGGAAAGGAAGGAAAAUUGGUUGGCUUCUUCACCGCCGAGGAAGUCAAGAAUCUGGAAAAGUUCAAACUCCAUUUCUGCACAACCCACGGCGUCUCUAGCGACACUUUCGACCUUAUGGUUCAGCAUUCGGAAAGGGACAAAUCAACUCCCUUCCCUUGUCACGCGGAUGUCAUCACGAAACCGGCAUUCUGGAAGGAGGUGUAUGAGAUCAUUCCCAAUCGAGACAAGAGGUCCGUUUAUCGGUUCAUGAGACGGCAUUUUCAAUGCUCAGCGCAGAAGCCGCAUCACUGGACCCAUGAACAAGAUGACGAGCUCAUUCUACUCCAUAAACGCCACGGGCCUAAAUGGGCUUACAUCGCCAAAAUGAUUGGUAGGAGCGACGACGAUGUUGUCCAGCGGUGGAAGAAUCGCCUUGAACAUCGCCGUACGAUGAACAGAGGCCCAUGGUCUGAGGUGGAGGUCCGUGCGCUACAAGAACAUCUGCAGUCUUCAUGGACCGCGAUGAAAGAGACCGGGCAUGAUGUUGGCCGGGAUAUCUACGAGAUGGACGAGAGUUUGAUAGCCUGGGGCCUAGUCAGCAACAAGAUGAACAACUGCCGCUCCAGACAGCAGUGUGCAGACAAGUGGCGCAAGGUUAGGCGCAAGGUUCUGGCUCAACGCACCAAGGGAAAUCCGGAUGCUUUCUAUGACCCUGUGGUCGAAACGAAACCGCCAAAGCGUCGAAGCAAGUCGAGAUCGAUUGCGCCCCCACAGAGCCAAUCGGACAAACAGUUCAAGAGUGCUGAGUUUGUAAACUCAGAUGACGACUCGGAAGAAGAGAUGACCGAGACCCCCAGUGUGGAUAGGACCAGUGAGGGAUCAUCCCCGCAACCCUCGAAGCCGGCACAUUCCAAAGCGAGAAGUCAUGAGGCCAGUGAUAAGUCUGACUCGGAUAGUUCUGACUCAGAAGACGAAUCUGAUUCGGAUGCAAUUUCCAGUGGGGUUGGCAUUAAAUCCGAGAACAGGACCCCCAGUGAAUCUGAUGACGGCCCCUCGAAGCCGAAGCAGAAAGAAACUCUCGCGACCAAUGGCCUGUCACCGCAAAGGAAGCGCGCCCCUAAUGGUUCUGCCAAUAAAGGGAAAGCGACCAAAGCGUCAUCUUCUCAGCAGCAGGGAAGCCCUGUCCAACAAAAGAGAAAACGCUCCCCUGUGGCCUCUUCGGAGUCAGGCUCUGAAUCCGAGUCCGAGGAUAGCGAGGAGAGCGCGUCGAGAUCGCCCCCCAGCAAACGAGUGUCGAAGCCUACAUCGAAGGCCUCGCACGCCGUGAAACCGCAGGAGAAGACGCGCAAGGCAGACACAAGCUCGGACUCAUCAUCGGAAGAAGAUGAGUCUGAUGACAGCAGUGCUAGCGACAGCAAGUCGAGAUCGUCCUCCAAAAAGGCGCCCAUCACCACUGCAAAACUUGAGGAAAACGACGAUCAAUCACGACGUUCAUCCGCCAAACAGGGACUUGCGAAACCCCACAAAGUGCAGGCUCAGAUGGAAUCCCCCAGAAUCAAGCGUAGUAGCUCGUCAGACGACUCAGAUAGUGACUCAGACGCAUCGUCCGAUGAUAGCAGUGACAGUGUGUCCAGCGAGAACAAACCGGCCAAAUCAUCCAAACGCCAUCAGCAAGCUGCUUCUGCCAGCACUGCACGCAAACCCGAGAAGCCUUCAGCUCGAUUUGAUAGGAAGGCAGACGUGAAGCACCCCAAAUCAGCAAAAUCAUCUACAGCAGACUCGUCUGAUACUUCCAGCUCGGAUGAGGAUGAAUCGGGCCAGUCGAAGAACACUAAGACUGACAGCGGUUCCCAGUCCGAGACGGAUUCCUCCGAGUCCUCCGAGUCCGGAUCUGACCUUUAAAUGAAGGAUUAUGCCAUGUUAGACUCUAAUUUUAAAACUGAGAUUCGGGUUUCGACUAGAUCUCCUAUCCAUAUUAACUUGUCGAUCUGAAUCAGCUCAAGGAAGUCUGAUUGCCACACGAAUAAUGAUGAAAUGCGUGACCGAAAAGUGUCGGAUACCUCUUCUCACUUUGCAUGAUUUUUCUCCAUAUUAUGAGUACAAAUAGCGUUUGUUGCAAUGUUUCGGUGUCCCAUGUGAAGGGGUGGGUAAAUGAGAAAAAGUUUCUUGUCUCCUUAAUUUUCUGAGCCUAAGUGUUUCUUCCUUAUACCCUAGUUAGGUG